CACCCUUUUUCUCGCGAUACUCGCAGUCCCUUUAACUUAAGACAAGAAAAGCUAAAAACGACACGUCUUAUUUUCUUCAGAGUAACUUUUCUCAGGACAGUAUGACUGUGAGACUCACAGAAGGGGCAAUCGAAGCCCUGUUCAAAGGCACACCAAUUUCUAAUACAGUGCUCCAGCUGUUGAACUCCAAAAAGAUUGGAAAUGACUUGCCAAGGAUUCGACUUAUUAUGAGUGAUGGGGUACACAGUUCAGCAUCCUUCCUACUUGCGACACAGCUAAACCAUCUUUUUGAUGAGAAUCAACUGGAACCAUACUGUGUAUGUCUGUUGAAAAAAGUUGUUGUCAAUUCUUUAAAAGAUGGAAGACUUGUGAUUAGUAUAGUUGACAUUGAAGUUCUCAAGUCAGCUGAGGAAGUUGGAGAGAAGAUUGGAAAUCCUGUUCUGUACAAUUCAAAUAGUACAGAUCUAACCUCUUCACAAGAGGGGGCAGCUUCUGGUACCCCUCCCUCGGCAUCUGAGGUUGAGGAAAGCAACUCCUUCAGCCCAAAGAGCAAUAAAACAUCACCACAGAAGCAUCUCUCAAGUACCCCUCCCUCCACAUCUACUUCAGAACAUACAAAAUUCAACUUCAAGAGCAAUAAUAAAACCCCGUCACCACAGAAGUUUAUCCCAAGUACUCCUCCUUCAACAUCGAAAGCAAGACCUGGACCUUACACUCCCUCUCCUUCUAAAGGAAGAGGCCGAGGCUAUACAGGGAAGUCCCCCAUGAAGAGUGCAAACACCUUGCCUGACUCUCCCGCUAAAGUCAUCCCCAUUUCAGCGCUGAACCCAUACCAGACCAAGUGGACUAUCAAAGCCCGAGUCACUAAUAAGUCUAAAGAACGGACUUGGAGCAAUUCAAAAGGAGAGGGGAAGCUGUUCUCAUUUGAAAUUGUGGACCAGAGUGGAGAAAUCAAGGUCACUGCUUUCAACAAAGAAGUGGAAAAGUUUUACUCUCUACUGGAGCAAGGCAAGGUGUACUACAUUUCCAAGGCAACACUGAAGGCAGCCAAUAAACAGUUCAACACGCUGAGCCAUGAGUAUGAGAUGACGCUGCAUGCCAACUCCUCCAUUGUACCAUGCAAUGAUGGCGAUGGCGUCCCCGAUGUGCACUGCAAUUUUGUACCCAUUUCUGAACUGGAACAAAGAGAAAAAGAUACAAUACUCGAUGUGAUCGGUGUGGUGAAGAGCGCAGAGGACGUGUCACGGAUCACCACUAAGAGCAGCAGGGAGGUCUCCAAAAGGGCCCUCAGCCUCGUGGACACCAGUGGGAAAGUGGUGACUGCGACGCUCUGGGGAGAGGAGGCUGAGAAGUUUGAUGGCUCUGGGCACCCGGUUGUUGCCAUCAAAGGGGCUCGCUUGUCUGAUUUUGGGGGCAGAUCGCUCUCCGCUUUGUUCAGCUCCACAAUCUUGGUCAAUCCAGACCUUCCUGAGGCGUUCAGAUUAAGGGCCUGGUUUGACCGAGAAGGCCACGCGGCCGACAGCCAAUCCCUGACAGAGGCGAGGUUGGUGGGCAGCGGAGCAAAAAUGAACUGGAAAACACUGAGCGAUGUUAAGACUGAGCAUAUGGGGCACGAAGAGAAGGCGGAUUACUUCAGCUGCGUGGCUACAGUGGUGUACAUCCGAAAGGAGAACUGCCUGUACCGGGCCUGUCCCUCCUCAAACUGCAACAAAAAGGUCCUGGAUCAACACAACGGCCUGUACCGCUGUGAGAAAUGUGACCGCGACUACCCCAACUUUCAGUACAGAUUGCUGCUUUCGGCGAACUUGUCCGACUACGGGGACAACCAGUGGGUGACGUGUUUCCAGGAGACAGCUGAGGCGCUGCUGGGGCACAGUGCACAGCGUCUGGGUCGGCUCAGAGACACAGACGAGGAAGCAUUUAACCAAGUGUUCCAGAGAGCUACCUUCACAACGCACAUCUUUAAAAACAGAGUAAAGCUGGAAACGUACAACGAUGAGACCCGGGUGAAGGUAACUGUGUUGGAAAUCCUCCCGGUGGACCACAAGGAGUACAGCCGCAGACUCAUCAGAAACAUCCACAAAAUGUCCGCCUCAACUUGACCCCCUCAGUGAAACAGGGCUGAAUCAGAGCUGCUCAUGUGACUCUGGUCCAGUUUCUUCUAUCGGAGAGAAGCAGCAGCAGCUAGAGGCCGGGGGUGUGAAUCAUCAAAGAAAAUGACAGCCAAACAAGAGACUGGUAUUUACUGUUCAUUUGUGUUUGUUGACCAUCUGUGGUACAUUUGUUUGGAGGAAAGAACUUGUUUGAACAGUUUAAAGUGGGUCAUUGCAGAUGCAUGGGCAUACAUUACGGAAGUUGCACUAGUAUUUUAUUGUACAUUUAACUGAUUUUUUUCUUUUGUCACUGUUGUUUUAAAGCAUUUCUAUUUUCAAGUUAAUGAGCAACAGAUCACAGAAAUCUGCUGACAGAAAUUCUGAACACUCCGAACUGAGAUAUUCAGAGUUGUGUCACUUUUGUUUAAUCUUGUUAAGAGUUUCUUAUUUUUGUGGAGUUUUAUAAUUAUUGUUAAAGAUCGUUCAAUAAUUAUUUAACAGUGUGAUCAUAUUUGAAGUGUUUUGGGCCUCCUAAAUACUGUUAAAAAGUGUGAUUAAAGAAGGCUCUUUUA